ACGGCCACCCAGAUCUCCAGAGGGGAGAUAGUGAGGAUGACAGGGUACGACUACGUGGAUCCCUCCAUCUUCUACUCCAGAGAGCGAGAGAAGAACUUCAUGGGACGCCUGAGAUCUGACUCAUCUGAGACCUCUGUGUUCAGGAAGCUGAGGACCAUCAAGAGCGAAGGAGACGGGUUCAGGCUGUCUCUGGAUCAAGAUGACAGGAGACCCCUCAGCUUCCAGAAGUGUUUUGCCCACUACGACGUGCAGAGUGUCCUGUUCAACAUCAGUGAGGCUGUGGCCAGUAGGGCCACUCUCAGCCAGAGGAAGAACACAACCACUGGCGCCUCGGCUGCUUCACAGUACCAAGCUGGAGCCAGAGGGGGUGGUGGAGCUCCAUGUUUAGGACCGGGACUUGGGCCGGGAGGUGGCCCGGGGACAGGGGUAGGACUGGGGGCAGAUGGAGGCCUGGGAGGUGGUCUUAGUAGUGGAACUACCAAUACCUCCAUGUUUGAGUCUCCUCUGGGUUCCCGAGAGGACCUGAACCCCAAAGAGAACCUGGACCAGGACGAGGGCGACGGGAAGAACAACGGACUAGUCCUGGGGUGCCCCCACUUCCGUAACGAGAUCGGUGGAGAAGGGGAGCGCAGGAUCAGUCUCUCCAGGGCUAACAACGCCUCUCACAGCGGUGGAGGAGAGAGCUGCAGCUUCGAGUCCUCCCUCUCGUCCCACUGUACCAACGCUGGGGUGUCAGUGUUGGAGGUCCCUCGAGAGAGCCAGCCGAUACACAGAGAGAAGGUGAAGAGAUACAUCAUAGAACACAUUGAUCUGGGAGCGUUCUACUACCACAAGUUCUUCUAUGGGAAAG